AUUCCCAUAAUUUGUGUAAUGUAGUGUUCGGUUUCCCCUCCGUUUUCCAGUGGAACAUUCCAGUGUGUGUCGGCGCUGUCAAACUCAGGACAGGGAGGGAGGGUCAAGAUGGCGUCCGAGCAGGAGAGCUCAAAUGGUCCGGUGAAGAAGUCAAUGCGGGAGAAGGCCAUUGAGCGAAGGACUGUUAGUAAGGAACACAACAGUAACUUCAAGGCUGGAUAUGUGCCCAUAGAAGAGGAGAGACUGCACAAGACAGGGCUGAGGGGUCGAAAAGGCAACAUAGCCGUGUGCAUCAUUGUCCUGCUCUUCCUGCUUGCACUCAUCAACCUCAUUAUAACUCUGGUGAUCUGGACAGUUAUUCGGAUCGGCCCUAAUGGCUGCGAUAGUAUGGAGUUCCAUGAGAGCGGCCUGCUGCGCUUUAAGCAGAAAGCUGACAUGGGGGUGGUCCACCCACUGCACAAGAGCACUGUGGGAGGGAGGAAGGACCAGGACCUUGUCAUCACUGGCAACAACAACCCGGUGGUGUUUCAACAAGGGAACACCAGGCUAAGUGUUGAGAAAGACAAGACGUCUAUCACCAGUGACCUGGGCAUUUCCUUCACCGACCCACGCACACAAACCACCUUCUUCAGCACAGACUUUGAUAACCAUGAGUUCCACUUACCCAAACAGGUCAAAGUGCUCAAUGUGAAGAAAGCCUCCACUGAAAGGAUCACUAGCAAUGCAUCGUCCGAUCUCACGAUCAAAGGUGAUGGCAAGGCCAUCAUUCGUGGAAACGAGGGCGUCUUCAUCAUGGGCAAGACGGUUGAGUUCAAGAUGGGGGGUGAUAUUGAGCUCAAAGCUGAGAACAGCAUCGUUCUGAACGGCUCCGUGAUGUUUAGUCCAUCGCGCAUCCCUAACACCUCUCUGGCGGGUGAACUGUACUUCAACGAAGGCCUGGAGAGGUACAAGCUCUGUAUGUGUGCAGAUGGGACCCUGUUCCGAGUACAGGUCAAAUAUCCCAACAUGGGCUGCCAGACCACAGACAACCCCUGUGGAGCGGCGCACUGAGAGCAGGGAAAUUCCACAAGACUUACACACACACACACACACCCUAACACACCUGUCUGUGUUAUUCAGAAUUGAUAACAGCUCUGCAAGAUAAAGUUGUUUACUUCAACACAAAAUCAUGGUAAUUUUUAUACAGAGAUUGGUCAGUAGCCAUAAUUACAUCAAAAUUAAAUACACUCAUUCUGAUUUUGCAGUAGUGAUCAUACUCGCUUUCGUUUUAUAAUUACUUAUACAUUUAAACCGUGCCCUAGACAAACACUCAUCUUUUUAUUAUGUAAUGACAUGGCCAUAGAGCUGCCAAUGAUUCAUCAUUGAUUCACCUUGGCAUUUUUAUAGUUUCUAAAGCUGAUUUGCUCUUUAACUUUCCAGACAUGCAGUAUGAUGUUUAUGAAGGUUUUAUGAAGAUUUCUGGUGGAUGUUUUUUCAUAAUGGCGGUAUUCUUUUUUUUUUUUUUUUUUUUUUUUUUUUUUUAUGAUUGUAACAAUUCAUGAAAUCCACAUUAUUUCUCUGGAACAUGGUGCAACCUCAAACUGCUAAAAGAAAAUGCAGACAGCCUUGUGGGUCGUGAUGGACUACCCAGGGUGUCUGAGAUAUUUAUGCCACUUCUUGUGCUUUUAUAUAUUUCUAUAUAGAUGUAUGUUGGCAACUGUAUAUGGCUCAGUUGUCCAAUAUUGACUUUAAAACAAAUCUCAGUUCACUUCCUCAUGAAACUGAAACGUAUUAGCAAUAACUUUGAGAGUCUUUGCUCUGUGUUAAAAGGGAUGACCUGUUCACCAUACGGUUUAACCCUGUACUUAUAAGUCACUUAAUCUGCUUAACUGCUGUUCCCACCAGUUAUACGGUUGAUAAAUAGUACAAUGGCAUUAUAAUUUGAUUUGCAUUUGAAACGUUAUGUGUUCUAAGUGCCCGAUUAUGUUUACUUUAUUUAACAGUGCCAUAGGAUUUUAAAAACAUCACAAAUGGGCACAGAUGCACUUCCGCUUAAGGAUAAAAUGAUUUUUGUCAGUCAUAUUAUAUGAACUUGUGUUGUGCUUUAAAUAAUAUCCUUGAUAAGAUGGAAAAAGAAACCAUGUGGUAUUUGAGUUGUUUGAUAUUUUGUGCAAUAUAACACUUAUUUUGUUUGGA